AUGUCGAUGACGGUAAAAUGUGCAAGUUGCAAUAUCGUUAUAAUCGAGCUGUUAGCUUAUAUACAAAACAAAAUUUCUAUUAUCACUGAAGAAAGUUUAAUCAAGAUAUGUUUGUCAUCGUUUAGUAGUGAUCAAAUUGUUCAGGCAAAGUCGUUGCUUUUCGAAUCAUUACCCACCGAAUACCGGAAAAAAGUGCGUAAAGGACAAGGUAAAGAAAAUCGUGACGUGACGGAUAUCAUCAGCCUAUUCAAGGUGGUAGACACUGAUAUGAUGCCAGUGUUUGUAGCCCGUGAUCUGGAGAAGCUACCUCCGAUAACCUUCGACCAUUUGGACGGGUCUAAACUACUCAAAGACCUCAUAUUGGUUCAGUCCGAGAUUGAAAACAUCAAAUCCUCUUAUGUGAUGAAGACUCGAUUAGAGGAAGAAGUAAAGAGUCAGCUGCAGGAUUUGAGGUACUAUGUACAAGCGUUUUCAAUAAGUAAUGUAAACAUUAAAAAAGGAGGCGCGUGUGCUUAUCAGGGGCAAGAUAGUGGGCCAAUGGGAUUAUCCCAUCUCAAAGACUCUUCCUUAAGCGAACUGAGCAAUACCUCGAAAUAUGCAUCGUCACCGAAUGAGCAUUUGAAUUAUCGAAAUAUAAUUACGAAUGAUAAUUCGAAUGAGGGUAGUAAAAAUAUUCCGGCAAACGCAAUACUGUCGAUGGAGUGCAAGCGGUUGGGCCGGUUGGACAGUGACGUAGCGGGGCAGGGGUUCCGCGUAGCACUGAGCGAGUGA